GAUUCGAGUACCAAAUCCGUUAAAACCAAUGAAAAUCGACCGUAGCUUAUCCAUCUAUCCAUCUAUUCUCAAAAUUGCAUUAAAUUAUCUCUGACAACAAAAAUUCACCAAAGACGUUCAAAUCAAAAGGUAUACCCAUACUCGUCUGCGCGUACAUGUCAUCCUCGCAUAUUGCUGUGCCACAAAUGAAAUGCACGGUGCUGUUGCCUAAAGAAGGAGGAAUCCCCACCAUUCUUAUCUUCUCAAAAUCAUUCACGAUUCAUUUACAACAAUCACCAAAUAUUUUUCAUCAUGAAGUCCGAUAUGAGUUCUGAUGAAUUUGAAAUAAUCGAAUCUGAAGACAUUGUCAAGCAAAUGCUUGCGGAUCAGAAGCCAGACCUCGAUGAGAUCAUAAAAUGGUUGAACCCUACCGAUUACCUAGCACCGUCCAGCGAGUUCAAUCGCCAUGCUUCAUCUAAAGCCCGCGAUACCGGGGAAUGGAUUCGAGAAACUUCACAAUUCAAUCAAUGGCAUUUAUCUGCUGACCAUGGGUCGAUUUGGAUCAAGGCGGUCCCGGGUGCGGGCAAGAGUGUCCUUGCAGCCUCCAUGGCUCAAUCAUUAGCGACAAAUGAGUCUGUUCCCGUUCUGUUCUUUUUCUUCAGACAAAUUAUCGAAACAAAUCGCACUCCCCGUGGUCUUUUGCGAGAUUGGAUGUGCCAGCUCUUGCCCUUCAGCGAAGUCUUGCAAUUGAAUUUGUUUGAGCAUGUGGAAAACAAACAGAGUCUAGAAAGUAUAUCAACAGACCAUUUAUGGAAACAUCUUUUGGCUGGUCUAAAAACACUCAAACGAGUUUAUUGCAUUGCCGAUGCAUUGGAUGAGAUGGAUAUGGACGAAGAAUUCCUCGCUCAGCUCAAUACCUUGGGAUCGUUUAGACCAGCCCAAGUCAAAGUUUUGUUAACCAGUCGACCCAAACAAUAUCUCCAACGAGCAUUCAAAGAUCCCCAAGUCAUUCACGUCAGUCUCGAGGAGGAGCUUGUGAAACGUGAUAUAUCGGUCUUUGUUCGUCAGCGCGUAAAGCAAUUUGCUGAUGAUGUCAUCAGUGAGAACAUGCAAAGCUUCAUUCAAAAUACUGUGUGUGAACGGUCUGAAGGCCUUUUCUUGUAUGCUCGACUUAUGCUUGAUCAAAUCGGUCAAUCUAUCAAGAAUAAAGAACAAAAUGAGGCUUCAAUAAGAGAGAUGAUAGUUAAAUUGCCAAUGGGCCUUGAGGAGAUGUAUAACAGGGUACUUAUCGAUCAUGCUUCGCUUACAAACAUCCAUCAGGAUACGCAAGUCAUCAUUUUACAGCUAAUUACUCAAUCGGCACGACCUAUGCGCCUAAUAGAAAUUGUCAAGGCUAUUGAAGACAAUCAUAACCUCUCUAAAAGUGACAGAGACAGUAAGGAUAUUGUCAGGUUUGGCUGUGGUCCACUUCUCGAAAUCAUGGAAGAUGGGGUUGUGCAAAUUUUGCACCACUCUUUUACCGAAUUUCUUUUGGAUGCUGAUCGCACUAUAAAUAAGUUGACAGAAGUUCCCCAAUUUCCUGUUAUCGACCCGAAAACUGCCCACCGCGAGAUUGCGCUUCUAUGUAUCAGCCAACUUCAAGGAGGUGCAUUCUCUUCAUAUCCCAUGCCAGACAAUGCGGAAAAUGGUGGAGGUAACGUAGCACAAACCAUUCGACAAAAUUUUGACUUUAGUCAAUCAUUCGUACAAUAUCCACUUGUUGAGUAUGCCGCAAAGAAUUGGACUUAUCAUGCUAAAGCAUACGACUAUGAAGAUACAAGUUUUUAUGAGAAACUGGAGGAUUUUUGUAAGCCUGAGAACCAAGCAUUCAAAGCUUGGUCAAGGUUGGCCGGAAAAUCGAGAAAGUCUUUUGAGAUGUUUAGUUUUAGGCCACAAUUUGGUCCAGCUCUAGCAUCAGAAAUGACCUCCCAUCUUCACAUAGCUUCUGGUUUUGGGCUAGGCUGUUGGAUACAAAGAUUGUUGGAAAAUGGCGCAGAUGUUGAGAUGCAAGAUAGUACUGAAAAUACGCCUUUGUUUUGGGCCGCUAAAGGAGGUCAUACCGAAGUUGUGAAAAAGUUACUAGAUGUUGGCGCAGAACCAAACGUCAGUGGAUAUGAUGGUAUAAAACCUCUUCAUGUUGCAGCCUCAAAUAAUCAUGUAGGAGUAGUUGAGCUCCUGCUUGGCGCUGGUGUAUCCCAUCUUACACCUAAGACGAAAGACACGGCAAUACGCUCUGGGAGCAGGUCAGCAAAUGCCAGUCAUCACCCGCUAAUGCUCGCCAGUAGUUCCGGUCAUGUUGAAACAAUAAUAGAGAUGAUUCCAUAUUGCGAGACAAAAGAACUGGAAGAGGCGCUAUUACGAGCAGCUCUUCAUGGGCAUCACCAUUUGAUCUCCACUCUUCUAGAAAAGGCAGAUGUUUCUCCCAAUGCAAAAGCACCUGUAAGUUAUUGCAAAAUGGGUGCUGUAACGGGGCAGACUGCACUCAUGGUAGCGACUACUUCCCUUGAAGUAAGAUCUGUAAAGGCCCUGAUUGAGAAAGGGGGGACCGCAAGUCUAGGUAGUACAUCUUUGACGGAGAUGGGCUCAUCUCGCGUCACCAUGAAUGAUAAAAAUGCACGAGGAGUAGGAAAUAGAACUGCAAUCCAUUAUUUUGCUAUGGCUACGAUCGACCAGCAUAAUCGAGGUGCUGCAAAGGAAAUAUUAGACAUGCUCUUAUUAGCAGGUGCUGAUCUUGAAGCCCGAGACAGCAACGGCGAUACUCCUCUGCUACUUACAGUGUUAUCCAAAGGUCGUGGAUAUUGUCAAAUUGCCCAGGAGCUUUUACUCUCAGCUGGCGCUGACCCAUGCACCAUGAACUCCAAUGGCGACACUUUGCUUCACCGAGCUUGUAAAAUUGCAUCAUCGACUGACCUCGCCAAUCAACUUUUGGCCCUCGGAGCAGACCCCAAUCAAGCUCGAAUCUCAGAUGGAGUGACCCCGUUACAUUGUGUGAUGGAUAACAUAUAUAAGCCACCCGGGCUUAUUGAAUUACUUGUCAAUCAUGGUGCUGAUAUCAACGCCCAUGAUAUCAACGGAGACACUGCCCUGCAUCGUGCUUGUAGAUCUAACUUACUUCAAUCAGGAAGUGUGAUCCCAACUCUUUUGAGCCUUUCGCCUGAUGUUAAUGUCCAAAACCAUCUUAACGAAACAUGUUUACACAAUACAUACUCAUAUGUAGAUCCUAAGCUGGUGAGCGCUAUAAUUGACACUGGUAUCGAUUUAGAAAUACGUGACCGCAAAGGGAUGUCGGUCCUGCUCAGAGCUGUCACUAAUCCUCCAGAUUCGAAAAUGAAUAUGGUAGAAGUGCUUUUAAAUCAUCCGAAGAAGGCUUCUAUAUCCGCUCGAACGUGGCAGGGUAAAACAGUACUACAUUUGGCUUGUCAUUCACGAAAUUCUGUUGAACUUCUCAAGAUACUGGUAGAUCACGGAGCAGAUCUCAAUUGGACCGAUAGCACGAAUGGAAACACUUUGUUGCAUGAAGUAGCAGCACAUUUUAAUGGAGACUUAAGGGACGUCGCUUUGAUUGAAUACCUGUAUGAAAGUGGAGUCUCAAUGGAUGCAAAAAACUACCGACAACAGACUAUAGCACAUAUUAUGGAAACAGUCCAUGUCAAUAGCUACGCUUCUGGAAGUAGAAAGUGUAAAAAAACUUUCAUGUCAGUUAUUCGUCGGCUAUGCCCCGAGUUCGAUGUCAAUACAAAGGAUAUAGAAGGUUACACGCCUCUUCACUAUGCCUGCGCCACUUCAGAAUACUUAGUCUUUGAUCUGAUAAUGGCUGGUGCCGACUUGAAUGCUCAGUCUUUCAAUCGACGCACGCCGCUUCAUUGUGCUGCUCGCGGAAGGCAAUGUGGUGUUUUAUCGAUGUUGCUCAACUUUGCUCAAAAAACUGGUUCCCUUAUAGAUAUUAAUGCACAAGAUUCUGAUGGCAUGACACCUCUUCAUUUUGCCUGUAUAUCAGGCAGACCUGAAUCCGCCAGUAUCUUAAUCUCAGCUGGUGCUGACAUCGAAAAGAAGACCAAGAAAGAAACUUCGGAAAAAACUCCUCUAAUGGCAUGUGCCAUGUUCCUUGAGGAAGAUAGGAUCUGGAAAGUGCUGCAAAAAGGAACGUCCACUGAACUCAACAUUCAAGAUCCUUUCAGAGUUUCCUCGAGCCACUCUAGCACUGUGAGAUCUGCGUCUAGUCUGAAUCAGGCAUCACAACAUAUUACAUGCCGUAUUGGCGUCAUUGCGCAAAUGCUUAUAAAGGCUGGAGCGAGCACUGAAAGUUCUUUCAUUCCGGCAUUAGAGGCAAAGUGCGCGGAGCUAGUAUAUGCCAUUAGGGGCGAGGAAUCUACGAAAAGCACAAAUUUUGCCGAAAGACAACUCAUGGCACAAAUGAUUAGUAUUGAAAAAGCACUGGAUGAUUGCACUCAUGAAGAUAUCGACUAUAUAAAAAGCCAGGUUUGCGAAUUGGAUGAGACAACGAUGAAACACAUGGUAGUGAGAGGUAUAGACUUUACACGAGCGGAUAAUCCUGCGCGGAUGAGUAAUCUCGGACCGCCAAUAACUCAAUUCGCGUACUAUGGACUAACCGAAUUCAUGAGGAAGAUAAUUUCCAGUGCAAAACUCUUUGAUGACCCACAUUAUACUGGCGGUAUUCUCGAUAGCUUUGGUAAAAAACGGUGCAUUGUUCAAUCACUAAUACAAGUCGUUGAACCACUGUUACAAGUCGCCUGUAAGCGGCCAGUCUGGAAUAUGGACAUGGUCAGACUUUUAAUUGAAGAAGGUCAAGUGGAUGUAAACGCGCAUCAUGCAACUAAAGAUAGAAGUGAUUUUGACAAUACUGAAACUAUAACUCAAAGAAAAACAGCCCUUCAUAUCUUAGCGCAAGGGGAAUUCUGGUGGCAAAUCGAGGCUAUUACAUACUUGGUUGAACAUGGUGCUGAAAUAGAUGCACUGGAUGAGAAGGGUCGUACUCCCCUAGAAAUCGCAAGUACAUACAUUGUAAAUGGUUCAGCAGCAGGGAAAGAUUUCUUCCGCACUCAAUGUUGUGAGACGCUCCUUAAAUUGGGAGCUGACCCUAACAAAAUAAACCCGGAAGGCCUCACAGCUCUCAACAAAGCCGGUUCUGACGAAGAUACCAUCAGAAUUUUACUAAAACAUGGGGCAAAGGUCGAUAGAGGAACGAAAAGCGUUCUCAUAUCAGCCAUAGAAUACGGAGAUGUGAGAAGUCUUCGGCUGUACCUCGAGAACGGAGUCGAUCCUAACGCGCUGGACAACUCAACAGACUCUAGUUACCGAGCUCAGUGUGCGAUGACCAGUGGGAUCAGGAAUUACCCCAUCGUAAUGGCAGCAUUUCCAAAGGGGGCGACAGCACAUUCUGCUUCUAUAGCUGCAGAGAUGAUAACACUUCUAUUGGAUCAUGGUGCCAGGGUUGAUUUGGCCGUCGAAGAGGGGGUAAGCAUUUUGCACUACCUCUUCGCAAAUGCUACGUCCUCAACCCUCCGUCCAUUCUUUGAAAGACCAGGAAUAGAUAUGAAUGUUCGGGAUCAAUUUGGUCGAACAGUUUUCUUAUGUGCCAUUUCUAACUCCACUGAGAGGGAAGGUCGGUACCCACACGUUACACCUUCUAACCUUGAUAAAUCACAACUACUAUACGUACGCCCCUAUUUACACCUAAUAAACUCGGCAACCUAUGGCCCUUCUCUAGACUACCUGGCAGUUGAUAAUGAAGGGCGUCACUUAAUCUUUUACUUGCUCUCCAAAUGGACCUCCGAGACGGCAUUAUUGCUUCUUUCCAUCCCAGGUGUCCGCUCUCUUAUCACCCAAAAAGAUAAUGCGGGGUAUUCUCCCCUCCAUCUUCUUUUAUCAUCUCACCAUGCGCAUAUGUCUCUUAUCGAUACUAUCAACACUUUCGUAAAAGACGGGGGUGCUGAUCUUCUAGAGCCAGAUCCAAAAUCUAACACUGCGUUACACCAUCUAUCCCGCAGACAUCACUUCACCAACUCGGAGAAUUCUUUUCAACUAAUGGAUCGAUUUAUCUCUUUAGGUGGGCUUAUCGACGCGCGGGAUGAUGCGGGCAUGACACCUUUAUUAGUAUAUCUGGCUGUUGGAGGUCAGUCUCAUUUACCGUGGUAUGAAGACCAUGGUGCGGAUUUCAAGGCUACAAACAACGAAGGAAAAGGAGCUUUACAUAUUGUGGCAUCAAAUAAAGUCCCUAUGCGUUUACAUUACGGCAGAAAUUCAGGAGAAGUGAGAGCAGAAUUGUUCGAGGUGCUAGUAAAGAAGUAUGGAUGUGAGGUGCUAGAUGAAGACUCGAAAGGGAGAACGGCGUUAGAUAUUGCGGCUGCAGUGGGAAGCAAGGAGAUUUUGAAAUUGUUCCAGAGGAGGAAAUAGGACAUUUGGACCUAGUCAUUUUGGUUUUGGUUUUGGUUUUGGUUUUGAUUUUAUCUAAAUGUUAACUUCUAUUUUGUUUAAUUUUUGACCGAACCCUUUCUUUAAUGCUUCGUCCAACUUCCGUAAAAAUCUGAACACAUUAAGAAACACGAUUUGAUUGAGCCCUCGAUAAUAAAAAGUGACAACCUCGAAAUGGACUGAAAAUUUUCACGUCGAGGCUGCGUGCCAUUUCAAAGAUGUAGAAAGAAGCUAGGGGAUUUGGUUCAGCGGUCAAACAUCAGAUAUCUUAUGAUUGAAUGACAGGAGUCGUUGGCUUCCUGUUCACAAACCAUAUCAAAGAUCUAAUCUUACACAGGUACCCAAGACAAAGUAAGACAUCCCUCUAUAUUUUCGAGCCAUUGAAGAAGAGGAUAACGCAGCUCGCCCGUUGCAUGUCAUUUGUGCCAAAUCCACUCACCCAGUCAGUGAUCUACGUUGUCCAUCCAGUCAAUCGGGCAAUUGAGGAGUAAAAAAGUUUGAUAAUAAAAGUGUUGAGUUAUAUCUUUCGAGCGCCGACCAAGAAGACGAAUGCCGAUCCCCAGCAUACAUACGUACUCCGCAUUGGAGGCAACUGGAGACCAAAAAGAUGGACGCGAAGUAAUCGGCGAGCGACGGGAGAAGCGAAGCAGAUUGCGAAUGAGAGUUGGACAGGGGUUGUCGAAUGAUAUGAUGGGGUGUGGAUAUUUCGCUUUUGCAGGGGUGAAAUUAGCUUUGUCUGCAUGCUCACCGUGCCACUCCCACCACUUGCCACUUUGUUACUAGAUCAUGCAUGGGUGUGAGAAUAGUUCGGUGAACGAGCUUGAGAUCUUGGGAGGAGGCGAUUUAUGAAGCAGAGAUGUUUCUUGCAUUUUUGGACAAAGUCGUGACAGAUGGAAUGUAAUAUAUGUAGGUA